GCAUCUCGAGCCGCAAGAUCACGCACGUCAUCCUGACGCACUGCCACGCGGACCACGACGCGGGCACCUUCCAGAAGAUCCUCCUCGAGCAGCGCGUGACCGUGCUCACGACGCGCACCAUCAUGGCCGCUUUCGUGCGCAAGUACGCCCUCAUCUCCGAGAUGAACUACGACUUUUUGCAGCGCCUCUUUUGCUUCCACUCGGUCAAGAUCGGGGAGCCCGUGCUCUCCGUCAUCACGACGCGGUCGUACUCCGCCGGCGAGCCGGUCUGCAACGCGGGGGGGCGGGGGCGGGCGGGGGACGAGGGCCGCUUCCUCCGCAUCGUCAAAGCGGGAAUAGUCAUGUACGAGCGCGACGGCGCGCGGCCCUUCGAGCUGCGCUACUGCGACUACUUGAUCAAUGGCGAGGGGGAGCUGCUCACGGACGCGACGCACGCCGCGUCCGCCACCGCCGCCACUCGCGUCGAGGUGCUCGAGAUCGAGCGCGGCGACGUGCAGUACCUCUUCCGCCGCCGCCCCAACCUGAUGGCCCGGAUACAGCAGCGCGCCAAGCUGUCGUAUGACGCGUCUUGGGCGGCCAUCGGCGCGAACUCCGUCUUCAGCGGCUUCUCGAUGGCUCAGGUGACGCAGCUGCAGUCGGUCAUGCGGCAGCACGAGGUGGGGGAGGGGGAGGUAAUAUGGCGAAAGGGCGACGAGGUGCUCGACGUUGUCUUGGUGGGCGACGCGCGCCUUGCCUACCGCGAGCUGGCGGACGUGCGCGGCGCGACGAGGGAGGACCUGGAGCCGUUCGGGCCGGGCGCGCUACUCGUCAACGUAUACGCGCUCGAGAACCGGCUCCGGCAUGAGCUCACCCUCACCGCAGAGAGAGCCGGCACAAUCUUCCACGUCAUCGGCGAGGACCUGCUCGACUUUCUGGACAACAACCCCGGCGCCUUCAUCUGGAUGCGAGACACGCUCGUCGUCUGCUGACGCCGCCCGCCCUCGGCGCGGGCAGGCGGCGGGCGGCCCGGAGACGAGACGCAUCCAGAGUACGGCGAGAGCGGGACACACGCGACGGGAGGUGUGACGCGGUUACAUUGAGGGGAGUUGUCACGGGUGUGUGUGUCGAGCGAGAGGUAAGGAGGUAACCUGUUUAAACGCGCAAAAAAACAAG